AUGGAAUUAGAGAAAAGCUUCGCAGCCUCCAGGAGCGGCCGAGCAGGACAUGGAGGAGUGAAUCAGUUAGGGGGUGUUUUUGUGAACGGCCGCCCCCUUCCAGAUGUUGUUCGUCAAAGGAUCGUGGAACUUGCCCACCAAGGGGUCAGGCCUUGUGAUAUCUCCAGGCAGCUGCGGGUCAGCCAUGGUUGUGUCAGCAAAAUACUUGGAAGGUAUUACGAAACUGGUAGUAUUAAGCCUGGAGUGAUUGGAGGAUCAAAACCAAAGGUCGCCACACCCAAAGUCGUUGAAAAAAUUGCGGAGUACAAGCGCCAAAAUCCUACCAUGUUUGCAUGGGAGAUCAGGGAUAGACUUCUAGCUGAGCGAGUUUGUGACAAUGACACUGUUCCCAGUGUCAGCUCAAUUAACAGGAUCAUACGGACGAAGGUACAGCAGCCACCCAAUCAGCAAGUCCCUGCUUCCAGUCACAGCAUAGCCUCCACAGGGUCUGUAACCCAGGUGUCUUCAGUAAGCACCGACUCUGCUGGCUCUUCCUACUCCAUCAGUGGGAUUCUGGGAAUUACUUCCCCUGGCACAGAGAGCAACAAACGCAAGCGAGAUGAAGGUAUCCAGGAGUCUCCAGUACCAAAUGGACAUUCUCUCCCAGCCAGAGAUUUUCUUCGGAAACAGAUGCGAGGAGACCUUUUCACUCAGCAGCAAUUAGAAGUGUUGGACCGAGUCUUUGAGAGGCAACAUUAUUCUGACAUUUUCACGACAACUGAACCCAUCAAACCAGAGCAGUGGUGCUCCAUGCUGAUGAGACAGUACGUGGUACAACCGCAGGCAAUCAUUUUUCAGGCAACUGAGUACUCAGCCAUGGCAUCAUUAGCUGGUGGAUUAGAUGAUAUGAAGGCCAGUAUAACAAGUCCAACUUCUGCAGAUAUAGGAACUAGUGUGCCGGGGCCACAGUCAUAUCCUAUUGUAACAGGUCGCGAACUGGCAAGCACAACCCUCCCGGGAUACCCUCCUCAUGUCCCCCCUGCUGGACAGGGCAGCUACUCCACUCCGACACUGACAGGAAUGGUGCCUGGGAGUGAGUUUUCUGGGAGUCCAUACAGCCAUCCGCAAUAUUCAACAUACAAUGACUCCUGGAGAUUCCCCAAUCCUGGACUACUGGGCUCUCCUUAUUAUUACAGCGCUGCAGCCCGUGGAGCAGCUCCACCAGCAGCCACUGCUGCUUAUGACCGCCACUGA